AUCGCUUUUUUUCUUUUUUUUUUUGCAGCAUCAGUACCGCGCUUCUAUUGCAUUCAUUAGCUCAAGACGGAGCGCGCUGCGGAGCGACACUGCACCGUUUCGGAGGACACACAAACAGUGUAAGAGGGAGGAUAGAAGGAGAAGAAAAGGACAAACGAGGCAGUUCACCGGGGAUAGAAAACCCCCAAAGAAACGCCUGAAAAAAUAACAUACGAGACGGACCCAAGGAAAUUAAUCAGUCAAGGCAGCAAAACCAAGCUGUAAUAUAUUAUUGGCGAGGAACGAGGAAGCAAUGAAGGAUCGUACGCAGGAACUACGAAGUGCUAAGGACAGUGAUGAUGAUGAGGAAGUUGUCCACGUUGACCGGGACCAUUUUAUGGAUGAAUUUUUUGAACAGGUGGAAGAGAUUCGAGGCUGCAUAGAGAAGCUUUCCGAGGAUGUGGAACAAGUAAAAAAGCAGCACAGUGCCAUCCUUGCAGCACCCAACCCUGAUGAAAAAACUAAACAGGAGUUGGAAGACCUUACAGCUGAUAUUAAAAAAACAGCCAAUAAAGUGCGCUCAAAGUUAAAAGCAAUUGAGCAAAGUAUUGAACAGGAGGAGGGACUGAACAGAUCAUCUGCGGACUUGAGAAUCCGUAAGACACAGCAUUCCACACUGUCACGCAAAUUUGUGGAGGUUAUGACCGAGUACAACACCACACAAUCCAAGUAUAGAGACCGUUGCAAGGACCGUAUCCAGAGACAACUGGAGAUCA